AUGGACAUCCCACGCGGCCACGCAGCAAUGCCCCUUACAGAAGUUGACUUCUUGGAUUUUGUCUACAACUACUUCAAAGCCGAGUACUAUCCUAUUCGCUCAUUCUGGUCAACAGCAACUGCCUUCCCCCGCCAAACCGAACGAUGGAUAGCCAUGGGCCACGAAUUGUCACCACUCGUCGUGCGGCCCGCAAAUGCGCAGGCGCAAAAAGAUUUGGAAUCCUUGGAUUACUUCACAAGGAAAUGGAACCUCGAUGCUGGUUUUGUCAGAGGCUUGAUUAUUAGGUUCGCAAAGUACGAGUUGCAUGAAAGAUUAGAAAAGAGGCUGUAUGAAUGCGCGAGACUAGAUUUGAUGGUAAGAAAGGCGCUGAAAGAGAAGCACUUGAUCGACGCACUAUGGCCGAGCCCUGCGCCACGAAAUAUUGCGAAAGAGCUCUUGCAACAAGGCGUUCAAGCUCGCCAAUGGUUCGGCGACAUGUUCAACAAAUACUUCCGCGUUCUACAGUCCCUUGAUUCUUUCCAACUUCGCCCGGAAGUCGACCACCACAUGAAAACUAGCGGAAAGCUGAUGUUAAUACCCUUUGUGGACCAUCUGGUCUUCGGAGCAGUUGAUCCCAUCAUACCAAUUGUAUCGAAAGGGGCAGGCUAUGCAAAUGCCAAAGGGAGAGAAAACAGAAAUACCCCCGGUUUUGGUGAGCCAGCCAAGUUUGAGAUCAGGUUCGAUGCACCUACCGAGGUUACGGAUACGUAUACAAAGAGCGUCGUACGGCAGUGCCAGUGUAUGAAGUGUGGCACCAAGAGAGAUGUGCAGGUUGUAAUUUCCGUGGACCCCAAUCCCAAUGCUGGAGCAAGUGCAGGUACAUCAUCCACAAGUCGACGACGCGACGCUGCAACAUCGCACUCAAGGACCGCACAGCGCUACACGCCCCCUCGCCAACCUCCUCGACCACAACCUCAACCUCUGGAAGCUGAAGUCUCAGAAAGACCAUCUACACCCGACCUCAAGAAACAAUGCCCUCGUUGUACAUUCCUCAACGACCCCAACCUCACAAGCUGCGAGAUGUGCGAAGCGCCCCUACCAGAAACCCCUAUCCAGAAACCUCCCAGUCCAGCCGCCAACAGGAAGGUUCCCUCGCACUCCCACUCCGCAUCACACCCACCUCCCAGUGUACCAAAGAGUAGGGAAGAAGCGUUGAAGCAAGAACAGAGACCCGGAGCGCCAAACAGGCAUAGCCUGAGUGCAAGCCUAUUCUCCAUAUUCCCAUUCUCGCAACAGCAACAGCAAGAGCACCAUGCCAAGCUGCCGCCCACACAGCAGGUUGAUACAUCACCAGCCAUACAGUCAUCCUCGCGACAACCAACGGGGAAUCAAGAAGAAGUUAGACCAUCUUCAAAGGAAGGAAAGAAACCAAGUGUCUCACCACCUACAUCUUCUCACGCCGAGCCAUCCAAUUACCGUCACGGCGCCACUACACCACCAAAUCCCGUCGACACUACACCAGAAACCCCAUUAUCCCGAAACCCUGAAAUGGCGAUGAUGCCGCUAUCUCCCUCUCCACCGUCUUCUUCCCGCCCGCGUCCUGCACCGGCUGGCCUGCCUAGUAAUCUCAUGGAUGACUUUGUUCCCGUGUCAUCAACUUUCCCCAAGGACGACGAAGACGAAGAUGCUGGGUGGGGUUCAAUGAGCCGGGAGGAGGCCCAUGAACAUGAUAGUAGUGAUGACGAGGACGAAAGUAGCGAAAUGAGGGGCAACGGCGGGUUAAUUGAUUUAGAUGCGGUGGCGAGGGAAGAAGCUGAUGUUUGGGGAGAUAGGGACGAUUGAGCACGUUAGUUAGCUUCGAGGUAGUAUGAGGCGUUUGGAUGGGGAUUGGAAGACGUUUUGCCACUUUGUUUUACUUGUCAGCAAUAUCUGGUGUGAACAGUCGCAGCCCUGAUCACCCGGAGACGAUUAUGAAGUUUAAUUGAAGGACUAGUGUUUGCGUGCGUUUGUCUAUUACUCCCAAACACCAUUUCCAAGCCCAGGUCUUGAGCGGAAAAGAAUACACAGUAGAAACCAAGACAACUCCACGCUUCAUAGGAUCG